AUGGCUGACGGGAAGGAUGUUGCCGUCUCAAGCAACACCGUGAGCUCCGACUCACCCCCACUGAGCGAGACUGGCGACCGGAACGGGGAGAAUAGUGCCAGCAAACCCUCUGGUCUGACCUAUGCCCGUCGUGGAGAGGAGGUUAAUGAUGCCACAGUGGCUCAGGGAGUUGACGGCUUUGACGCCGAGCGAAUGCGCGACCGCGCGUUGCUCACGGCUGAAGAGGAGAAGAAGCUGAUGAGGCGGGUGGAUUGGCGCAUCAUGACUGUCUGCUCGCUGUUGUUUCUGCUCAAGAACCUUGACUCGGACAAUAUUUCCAACGCCCGGAUCAUGAACAAGGGAACGGAUAUGAAUAUCAUGACACAACUGAAGAUGACAUCCGACGAGUACAAUUUACUCACUGUUUUGUACUAUAUUCCAUACAUUGUAUUUGAAGCUCCAUCCAACCUGCUUCUCAAGAAAUUCUCCCCGAGCACUUGGCAAUCGAGGAUCAUGAUCAGUUGGGGAAUCGCCCUCUUGUGCCACGUUCCGGUGAACAACAAAGGGGGCAUCUAUGCAACGCGAUUCCUCCUCGGUUUGGCCGAAGCUGGCAUGUUCCCGGGUGUAAUUCUCCAGCUGUCGUACUGGUACCGACCUGACGAGAUGUCCGUUCGUCUCCUGUAUUUCUGUAAGUCUACCACCAUCCAUACCAGCAUGAGCCAAGGCAACCGACUAACUGCCAUAGACAUUCUCGGAAACCUGUCUGGAGUAUUUAGUGGACUCCUCGCUUUUGCCUUCGACACCGUGUCUGGAGCCCGCGGUCUCAGUGGCUGGCAGUACCUGUUCCUUUUCGAGGGCCUCGUCACAGUAGUAUUUGGCGUCGCCGUCAAGUUCAUCCUACCAGACUCCAAGUGGCUCACCGACAAGGAAAAGGCCUUCAUCCAAGCCCGCCUACCCCCCAACGCCCCCCGCGCCGCCGAGGAGAACUUCAACAUCAAGGAGAUCGUCCAGGCCCUCAAGGACCGCCGUCUCUGGCUCUUCACCCUCAUCUGGGCCACCUUCACCGUCGGCACCUCGGGCGUCCGCUUCUACCAGCCCACCGUCAUCGCCAACCUCGGCUUCACCACCAUCGCCCGCGCCCAGCUCCUCAACCUCCCCAUCUCCCUCCUCUCCAUCCUCGUCAUUGGCACCACGGGCUACUUCGCCGACAACGGCCGCCUGCCCCGGCCCGUUUAUCCUCUGGGCGUCUUCGUCGUCGUCAUGGCCUGCUACGGCGUCCUCGUCGCGUACCCCUCCAACGGCGCCGUCUACGCCGCCACCCUCGUCGGCAACGCCUUCACCUCGGCCUUCUUCCCGCUCAUGUGGCCCUGGCGUGUCCAGACGACCUCCCGCGCCACGGGGUCGGCCUUCAGCAUCGGCUUCGUCAACAGCUACGGCCAGAUCGGCGGCGCCAUAGGCCCCCAGAUCUUCAAAUCAAAGUACGCGCCGCGGUACCGGGUCAGCUUCGCCAGCGCCAUGGGGCUCGUGGGGCUCUGCACGCUGACCACGCUCGCGACCUGGUGGGUUACGCGCAAGACGGAGGCGGACACGAGGAGGCUGAAGAGGGCGAGGGUGAGGGCCGAGAGGGAGGGGCUGACGGUGCUCGACGACGUUGUCGAUCGCGAUCUGAAGCAGGGGAGCUCUCAGGGUAACUCUAGUUCGGAUGACCGUGUAUAA